CUAAGCUUGUUAGCACCUAGCGCGCUGAUCAACUGCUCCGAUGAUGUAUAAAUAUGCGCGCAGGAUACCAAUAUACAAUCAAACUUCGUUUGCACUUUGCAGCGCACGCACUUCACGGACGGAGAUCGUACAUUUCGAGAGAACUGAGAAAAUGAUUAAUAAGUUGCUUAUUCUCACCAUAGCCGUUCUACACGUGCACGCCGUGGUUGAACUCAGAGAUCUUCAUGAGGAGCAUGGCCCAGUCGCCUAUGAGUUCCACUAUGCCGUACACGAUCCACACACUGGCGAUAUUAAAUCGCAGAAAGAAGCACGCAAAGAUGAUCGCGUUGAAGGUGUUUACGAGCUGAUCGAUCCCGAUGGUCAUCACCGCGUCGUCCACUACAAAGCAGAUGAUCACAGUGGCUUCGAAGCUGUUGUUUCACGUGAACCUACAAAUAUAAAAAUUCCAGUCCCUGAAGUGCAUCAUAAGCUAAUUGCUACCAAGCUAUUGACACCGACAUUGCUGCAUCAUUAGAACGUCCAUUUGUGCAUAGAUAAUAUAUUAUGAAAAGAAAGUCAACCAUAGAAUACUCGAUACGACACAGUCAUAAAUAUAUGAGAAUGUAAGAAUCCCGACAAAACAAGGAGAAUUUCGGAACAAGAUGCAUUUACUCAUAUUCACACAUACAUAUGUACACACAUAUUUUCUUAAGUCAUCCAUUUAAUAGAAGUUAAGUUUUA